AUGGGAGGCCAGCUGGCCGACCUUGCGAGUACGUAUCCUGAGAAAUACGGGAACAACGCAUUCCUCAAGAAGUAUCCCUACGCAACACCCGCUUUUGUCAAUGCUUCAAUGUUGCUCAUAACAUUCAUGGCGAUUUUCUUCUUCCUUGAAGAGACACAUCCUCAGAAGAGGGGUGGCCCCGACAUUGGUCUAGCGAUCUCAAGAAAGGUUUUAUCGUGUUUCUACAGUCAGAAGAGUCACAGUGCCUCGUAUCCGCCAUUGGACGACGAGAAUUCAACGGAAAUGGAGGCUGUGCCUUUCAUCAUAGGGGAUGACGAGGAAGCGGAGGAUCCAAACAACUCGGACAACGAAUACGAUGACGGGAAGCAAGGAAAGAAGGAGGGCAGGUCGCUUACGCCCCUCCCCGAGAAGAAAAAGGCCCCCCCGGUUCUUCCGUUCCGGCGGAUUUGGACCCGUAAUUUCGUCCUCAUGCUCGCGGUAUCUGCCAUACACGACAGCCACAUAGGGGCGUACACCGUACUCUGGGUCAAUUUCCUCAGCGAUCCCCCGGCGAACGGUGUCCACGACCGUCUUCCCUUCCGCUUUUCCGGCGGUCCGGGGAUGACGCCCUCCGAGAUUGGCUUCACACUGUCGAUCGUCGGUGCAUGUGGCCUGCCGGUUCAGUUCUUCGUGUACCCUAAAAUCAUCCACAAGCUGGGUGCUGUGAAAGCCUGGCGUCUUUUCAUGCGAGGGUUGCCCAUCAUAUACAGCGCUGCUCCGUUCGUCGCCGUCGUCAGUAAGCUCACGAAACCGGCGACGAUGGAGCAUGGGCAGCCUCCGGCUGUCUGGAUGCUCAUCACCUUGAUACAAGUCACGCUGAUCUUCUGCGCGGUCUUCGUCACACCCACGGCGCUUAUGCUCAUCAGACUUGCGUGCCCUCACCCGUCAGCCCUGGCGCGGACGCACAGCAUUUCCUAUGGGACGUCUCACUCAUUCACGGGCUUGGCCUUCUGGUCGGCAGCAGCCGUGGCAGUUCAGCAUACCCCUGCUGAGAGCGGCUGGGAGCUCCCGGCUGGCAUCAAGAAGGAGCUCGACCGCGCGCACAUGGGCCGGCGCUUCGCCGUGCUGUCCCGAGGGAAAUACUGCCUCGGCCCCGCUGCUGUGAAGUCGGACGAUGUCUGCGGUAUCGUCGUCGGACCAAUGCUGCCGCCUCUCAUCCUCCGUGCUGCCGGUAGCACUUCCGGGUAG